CAUACCCAAAACCUCAAUUGGUAGAUCAGGCCAUGAAUGUAAAAGCUGAGGCAUUCUCAGAUGCAGAAGAGGAAAACGAUCCUCUGCAAAUAACAGUUCAGGAAGUAAAGGCUGAACCUGAGAACGGCCCAUUUGCCCGAUGUAGACCUUGCCGCACUCACAUGGAAUUUACAGAACAUCAACGGCAUAUACGAUUAGAACAUCUGGACAAGUCAGCUGUAGCUGAACACAGCAUCGAUCUAGACCACCGUAUCGAGUUUCACAAAACGGCCAUAAUCACCAGUAAGAGCCGUUACCUAGAUCGCAUAAUCCUGGAGGCCGUUGAGAUCAAGCUCCAUCCGAACAACAUGAAAAAGGAAACGGUUCAGUCUCAACAAGUCAUGGAAGCCACUCAUCUCUUGCCUCAAGAGAAAUACAACAAGCCACUCCAGUUCUUCGCCAUGUCAUUGACGUCAGUAGCCUGUCCCCUGUAUCAUGUCAUUGACGUCAGUAGCCUGUCCCCAACCAACUAGUU